AUGAAACAACCGACAAUAAGUAGUUCUCCAAUGAAAUCCUCGUUGUCAAGCGGAACACGUUCAUCAACAAGCAUGUCGGUUCGAUUCCAGUUUGAGGAAGACGACAACGAACAUGAAAAUAAACGUCUGACAAGAAAACAAUCAGCUGAAUCAUUUGUCAUUCAUGAAAUCCAACCGUGGUCUUCUAUGCUUCCUUCUGAACAACAAAAACAGUCGGAAAAUGAAACAUUUCAUCCGUUAGAUGAAAUUGUUGUUCAUCCAUCACCUCGUCGUUCUCGAUCAUUUUUGAUUCAUCGAAAUCGUCGUUUUGAUUCUCCUCACGAUCGAAUUACGCUUCGUUCACUUUUUGGUACUAUGUCACAAAUCCAUUAUCUUUUCACUCAUAAACAAUUCCUUCGCGGUCUUCGAUUUCUCAAAUUUUUUAUCAAUUUUAUCGAUUCAGUUUUCAGAGGAAUCGGUCAACUCAUGUUCGCGAAUAAUCCACUAUCUGGUUUGAUCAUCGUUCUAGCGUUAACCAUGAAUGAAAAAUCUUCGGCUUCCUACGCUUUCUUUGGAACGAUAAUUUCCACGUUAACCGCCCAUUUUCUUGGAUUGAAUUCGCAAUCGAUCCAAAGCGGCCUGUAUGGCCCAAAUGGAUGUUUAACUGCAUUGAUUAUAAGACAUUUUUCACCCGGUCACACUUUUUUUCAUCUUAUCGGACCAAUGUUCUCAUCUGUGUUCGUNGUAAACGGAAUUGGGUGGUGUAUAGGGGAGAUGAUAUGUGAGGGUGAAGGGGGUGGGUGUAAUUCCGGAAUUGGACUUGCUAUCAUCGUCCUGGAACGAUUCAAUUCCGUUUACGGAAUUCCGGAAUUCGGUGCGAUUCCGGAAUCGGUAGGAAUUGGUAGGAAUUCCACGGAAUUCCUAGCGAUUCCGGGGGAGAUGAUAUGUGAGGGUGAAGGGAGUGGGUGUAAUUCCGGAAUUGUUAUUACAUUCGCAUCUUUAUACAAAUCAACAUAUCAAAUCGAAACAACAACAAUAGAUGCAACAAUGCCGAAUGCUGUUUCAUGUGGAAAACAAGAGAUUCUACCGUACGUACCAUUCCAACGUAUUUACGGAGGAAUGGAAGCUAUACCGAAUUCUUGGCCCUGGGUUGUUUUCUAUAUCGAAACUCCUCCAUGUAACAAUUCAAAUUGUACAUCGAGCAUCUGUGGUGGAACAUUAAUUCAUCCUCGAUAUGUUCUCACCGCCGCGCAUUGUAUAACUGCAACCAAUGGAUCAUUUAUUCGAAUAAUUGCCGGUUUACACAAUACUUCAUCAACGCUCGAGAGAAACGUUCGUCAAACUCGCCGUGUGGAAAAAGUCUUCAUUCAUCCAACAUUUGUUCAAUUAUCACCACUCGGUGAUAUUGCAAUUCUUCAAUUAAAUACUCCCUUCUACCUUAAUAGAUUUAUUCAAUUAGCAUGUUUAUCUGAUCAACAACCACUAGCGAACGAUACGGUCAUUAUAGCUGGAUGGGGUUCUGCAGAAUUCCGAGGAAGAUAUGCACCUGUGCUUAAACAAGCAUCUACCCAAGUGAUUGCUGGGUGCAAUCAAUGGUGGUCAACGGAAGGCGUCGAUGAACGAAGACAGAUUUGUGUUGGUAAUAAUAUAACAGGUGUAUCAGCGUGUAGUGGAGAUAGUGGAGGCCCACUUUUAUCCCAAGAUGCACAAAAUCGAUGGAUGGUCUCAGGAAUUGCAUCGUACGUUGAAAGAUUUAACUGUAAAACGAAUAAUAGCAGACCGAAUGUUUAUACUCGUGUUGCUUAUUAUCUUCCAUGGAUUCAUCAGAUUGUUUAUUCGAAUAAAUUGCUUGAUUGA